AUGUCAUUAUCUGAUAAUCACUUCUAUCUUCAUUUAAACGACUACCUAAUGAAAAUAAAUAUUCUAAAAUCAAAUUACACUAAUUCAGCAACAUCGGAUUCAGUAAUUCUGACAUCAUUUCCACUCACUGCUCGCGAUCACCAGCAGCGUGAUAAUGAUGUGAAUCAAAAUAAAUAUGGCAGUAAUUGCUCUAUAUUUCAUAAUGAUAAUAGUGUUACUGGACUGGAGAAUCGUAAAAAAUCAGAAUCAUUUUUAUCAUCACAAUUAACGACAGGAGCAUCGAGUACAAGUUCAUCAUCAGUUUCAAUAUUAUCAAAUUUAUCCCAGUAUACGGAUGAUCUGUGGAAAUAUUUUAUUAAUAAAUAA